AUGAAUAAAAAAAAUGGACUACUGAAGAAACCUGAUGCAUUGAAAGAAAUAGCGAUCACAUUCAAUACUGAUUCUAGUGAAAUAGACAGGAAGCUUAAAAAUGUAUACUCGCAAUACACAAGAGAAAGGCGUAACUAUAAAGCUAUGAAAAAAUCAGGAGCUGGAAAAGAAUUUCAUGCUAAAUGGUUCGGAUAUGACCUUAUGAGUUUUCUACAAGAUAAAAAUAAACCUAGGAAAACACGAGAAUUUGGAUUAGAUGAAUGUCAGUUGCCAUGUAGUACAGUGGUGCAGUACACAACUCAUCUAGGUAGUCACUAA